UCAAAUAUAAGCUGCACUCACAGUUUCCUGUACAGACCUCAGGAGGGAAGACACUCAGCUAACAGCCUGAAAAUAACUGAGGAUGGCCUUGCUCAAGAUGGCUUUGCUUCUAUUCAUUUGUCUUGAAGGCUGUGCUCUGGCUUCAGCCUUUAAUAUUGAUGGUUUACAAAAUGUUCCAGAUGCUCUGACAGAAAAUGGGGACGUCUGCAAGGACUGCACCCAAAUAUUUGAGCUCCUUGCUGACCUGCUUUCUAAUACGGACCUCCAGAAAAAGAUCAUGGACAGCAUCGAAAGCAUGUGUGACCACCUGCCUGGGUCAGCCGCCAAACUCUGCAAAGAAGAGGUGGAGAAGAUGCUCCCAGUGGCCAUCAACUUCAUGACUGCUAUUGUCAAACCAGCAGAGGUCUGCAAAAUCAUUGGGCUCUGUGGCUCCUGUGACAAGCAGGAAAAGAUGCUGCGGUAUUUUGCCAAGGAGGCCUUUCAGCUUGCUGUGACAAGUGAAAAUCCGACAACACAAUGCUCCUUCUGCAUUUUUCUGGUCAAGACUUUGGAGGACUUGCUGCCUAAAGAAAGGACUGAGGAUGCCGUGAUCCAACUGCUGGAGGAGAUUUGUCACAUUUUGCCCUCCUCUUACCGAGAUCAGUGCGAGGCUGUGAUUGGCAAGUUCGGCAAGACGGUGCUGGACGCCAUCCUGAGCUACGCCACCCCUCAGGCCAUCUGCGCUCUCAUCCACCUGUGUAAAGGUCAAGAGGCUCCUCUCGUAGACCCAUGCACUUUGACAACAUACAGGUGCAGGGACAUCAAGACCGCCCUCAGAUGUGGAACGCUGUUUUACUGUCAGAAAUAUGCAUCGAAGCUUCUCAACUACAACGCGCUUUAAAAUGUUGAGGGUGGGUGUAAAAAUAUGAGUCAACCUCAGUGCCCUCAUUGAUGACCCAGAUCUUUCAGCGUCAAAUUUCAAAUAUUUCUCUUACUGCUUCACACAUGUGGCACUCUGCCUGAUUGCAUAACUUUCAGAUAUUGGUUUGAUAUCUUGCUGCAUUUUGGGACUUUGCAUUGUAUAUGCUGUCUGCAUUCAGUGAAAAAAAAAAAAACAGGACUUGGGCUUGACAAAGGAUGAUGACAAACUUCAGGAGUAAAAGGAAUGUUGAAAA